AUGGUCCGGAGUGACGUUGAUCCAAGUGAGCCCACUAUACCAUUUCAACAACAAAAAAGUGAGCCCACUAUACAGGAAUUACCCUCGGGCCUCGGCUAUGUUGCGGCCAGAACCCAACGCAAACCCUUCAAUCCACCGCCGCCAAUGACCGGCGGCGACUCCUCUCCGACCCUGGCGCCGCCGCCGAAAGGCGGGAAGGAGCCAAGCACCACCACCACCACCACCCUCUCCCUCCGCGCGGGCCUCCCAUCUGCAGCCGUUACCGAUAGCGGUCAUGGCCGCCGAAAGCAACGGCGGCGGAAGGCACGCCGAGCUUCACCCAUACACAAGCUCGGCGACGACCUCCUGCUAGAGGUCUUCCACCGCCUCCCCUCCCUCGCCACUCUUGUCCGUGCCGCUUUCACCUGCCGCGCGUGGCGCCGCGCGGUGGCUUCCUCCCCGGACUUCCGCCGCCGCUUCCGUGCCAUCCACCCGGCACCCCUCCUCGGUCUCUUCUUCGAUGCCCCCGGUCCCGUGCCGGAUUCUAACGCAACUGCCUUCCCAAUCUUCGUCCCCUCCCGCCGCCGCGACAGGGAUCUAACUGCCGCCGUCCGCGGCGGCGAUUUCUUGUUAACCUGCACUGAGGACCUUCCCGACGAAGCCCCUUCCUGGGAAAUGGUCGACUGCUGCCAUGGAUGUGUCCUCCUCAUGAACUGGGAACUUUCAUCACUCGUCGUGUUCAACCCUUUGGCGCGGCAGAGUGAGGAUGUCUUUGAUGUGGGCUCUGACGAUAUGUUUGACAACCACCGUGGCCACCAGUACGGCAAUGCUAUCCCUCGCUUGCUCAUCUCUGCCGAGGACCCUACGUCAUUCCGCGUGGUGCUUCUUGUAUAUGACAAGUGCAGGACGUUCCGGCGAGUUCAGGUGAUGAUGCAUGGAUUCAAGAUGCGGGUGGCAUGCAAGCCAAUGGGCAUCUGUACUGGGUCUACAAGGAUCAGAGAUAACCUGAAUGUUGGUGUCUUGAUGCCCACAAGGGAUAAUGAUGGCGUCGAGAGAUGGGUGCUGGAUAAGGUAGUACCUAUCGACAGAGAGCUUGAACGAGCUCUUCGUGUCGGAUUGGAUGAUGGCAGUGUCGUGGACCAUUUGGUAGAUGUCCCUAGUGCUCUGUCUGUUUUUGCAGUCCGGGAUGGCUAUGUGUAUUUGGCAACAUUGGCAGAUAAUCCUCAAAGUCCAUGUUGGUUAUUGUCCUUAUGCUUGGAAACGAUGAGUUUGGAAAGACUGUUCAAGAAUAUGUCUGAGGAUGCUGCUCAUCCGUAUAUUAUGGUGUGGCCUCCUUUAGUCGGCAACUACGGCAGGACGCCUUGGUGGUUCCUGUCCCUAUGCCAGGAAAUCACGAAAGUUGGAGAAGCUGUUCCAGAUGAUGUUCUAGAUUGCGAUAUUAGGAGUUUCUUGUGCUUUGAUUUUGGUAAAACAAAGGAUGGAAUGACUUGCAUUUCACAGUCGGAUGAUCUCAGAGUUUUUGUCUUGAUGCACACAGAGGAUGAUGAUAGUGUUCAAGUGUUGAGAGAUGGGUGCUGA